UUGACAGUUACAUCCAGCCAUGUCGAAGCGACCGACCGUGCCGGACUUCGGGAGCGUCGAGUACUGGGACAAUCGGUACAUCGAGGCGGGGGCACGAGCCAGGAUGGAGUGGCUCUUCCCGUACAAAGACGUCCAGGGGUCGUUCGAGUCGUACUUGGGGCCAGACAAAUCGGCCGUGCGCGUGUUGGUGCUCGGGUGCGGCACGAGCACGCUGGCCGACGACCUCCGACAGGCUGGUUUUCACCACGUGACGUGUAUCGACUUUUCCGGCGCUGCCAUCCGCUGCAUGACGUCGGCUUCCUCCCCGCCCGCCGUGUCAUCGACGCAACCUCCGCCGAUUCAAUAUAUUCAAAUGGACGUGCGCGACUUGACUGCCUUUGCCGACAACUCGUUCGACGUCGUGAUCGACAAAGGAGUGCUGGAUUGUGUUGUGUGCGGCAUCUCCAACUCGGUCGGCGCGACCAGGAUGCUGUCCGAAGUGCGGCGGGUGCUCCAAGCCCCGUCCGGCGUCUUCUUCCUCUUCUCCACUGGGUCCUACGCCACGCGUGUGCCGUACAUCGAAGAAGCGUCGUCGCCACCCGCCUGGCACAUCACGCCCGUCGUGCUGGGCCAGCCGUCGCAUGUGCUGGCGCUGAUGCUUCGACCCGCGGACGGCCACCCGAGAGGCACACUUGCUGUACCAUUCACGACACAGGCCAAGACGUAAAACGAUGCCCAGACGUCGACGAUGGCGCACGCAGCUCGACAAAUGCGCUGCCCACGCAAACGUUUCAUGGCGCACAUUCGCAUCCGACGUGACUCGAUGCAAUCGAUCGAUUCGGGGGCGUGUUGACGUGUGUACGUCGGACUCGCGAGUCGUGCCGAGCUGUAGAGUCUGUCGUCUUCCGAUAAACGCUUGCCACAUCGAGCCAUCGAUUCGACAAACGCUG